AUGUGGGUCUUCUUCGUGAGGCUGUAUCAGAUAGAGCUGGGGACGGGCGGGAUGGGGUUCGGGAUCUCGACGGUGGCGAUGGCGGUUGCGUUGGUGAGCUUCUUCUCCGGGACGAGAUUGUACCGGCAUCAGCGACCUGGUGGGAGCCCUUUCACUCGGAUUUGUCAGGUGAUUGUGGCUUCGGUCAGGAAGUGGGCAGUUGAGUUGCCUGCUGGUCGUAAGGAGAGUCUGUUCGAGACGUCGGAUUCCGAGUUUGUUGUGGUGGGAAGCCAUGACAAGGUUUAG